GACUUGGACUCCUCCUCCUUCUACUGUGGCUCCUUGGGGGCGAUGGACUGUAACUCCUUCCUCGCAUUUCACAAAGCUUUUACCUGAAAUUCCGGCGUCAAGAAUCUGAAAGCUGAAAUCUUGCGCGCUCCUCGAUCUUCACCCCUUCUGAUUUCUCCUCGUCGAACCCUCCGUGCGUCACCGCUCUCUCUCUCUUCCGUUAACUGGUAUCUCUUCCCUUCUUCCCGUCGAAUGUGAGCUCGCUUCCGUCGGCAAAAUCAGUAGCGAAUCUCCAAUAUACGUUAACCUUACUCCCUUCCGUCGAGCCCGCGUUGCCUCUCUUUCUUUCUCUCAGCUUGCGGCCAAGGAAACCUCACCACAUUAACCCUACUGCUGCGCUCUCUCUCUCUCUCUCUCUCUACGUGCCCAGGCUCUGGAUGGGUUUGUGCUCUGUCGCCGCACACUUAAAUUACAACACUUGAGAAGAAACCCUUGCUGCUCGGUUCUGAUAUUUCGAGAUGUCCUAAUUUACCUUCGCGGCCCUUGUACGACGCCGUUUCAGCUCGACCCAAUGCUUUGCCCUUCCCCAGCGGCAACCCUAUCCCGAAACGGCGCCGGAUAUCCCCUGUUGUUAAGCCGGAGCCAGAGAGCCCGGCGAAGAGCAAGUGGGAUUCGGCGGCAGCUGCGGAAAAAGACAAAGCCGAGAGGGAGAAUUUGUAAAGUUUUCUCUUUUAUUGGGUGGGAAACCAUUUUCUGGGCAAGAAAAGAGAGGAGCCCUAGUUCGAACUUCACUCCGAUGAGCAUGCCUCUCUGAUUUCUCCGGGCUGAAGGUGCUACAAGUUGAAAAUGUUUGCCAGGGAGUUCACAGUUCAGUUGUAAUUUUCCUUUGCUGCUAGCUGUACCUCGAAUUCCACGCGAAAUUGCUUGUUGGUCCGAAGCAUGUAUAGGAUUUCUGGCCGUGAUGUCUCUGCGCAGGGAGGAGGCGGCGGCGGGGGACCAUCAUCGGCGACGGCGAAUAAUUCAUGGGUGUCGCCCACAUCAGUGUCGACAUCGGGGAAGAGGAUACAGAGAGAGAUAACGGAGUUCAGCAUGGAUCCGCCGCCUGAUUGCUCUGCAGGGCCCAAAGGCGACAAUCUCUACCAUUGGGUCUCCACCAUUAUUGGCCCUUCAGAUAAUCCUCAAAUUCCUGGCAUUGCACACUUGUAUCUGGCGGAUAGGGCAAAGCAUGACGAGCUGGCUGCAGAGUGGACUCGGAGAUUUGCCAAGUGA